GGUUUCACAGGACCUGGCUCCGGAUGGGGUUCGGGAUCUCACUUCGGAUCAGAGUCACUCCGGAUUAGGUUCGGGGUCUCAGUCCAGAUCUGACUCCGAACUGGGUUCCGAAUCUCACUCCGGACCUGACUUAAGAACCGGGUUCAGGGUCUGACUCCGAAUCAAGCCCCGGAUCCGACUCCGGGACCUGCUCCGGGUGUCGCUCCGGACGGGGCUCCCUCCCCGGCGGCGAGUGUCUGGCUCCGCUGCCGCCUCCGCUCUCCGUGUUUUGCGAGCGCCUUCCGAUCGAUGGCGGGGCGGUUAAAGGGGCGCUGGCGGCUGAGGGAGCCUCCGGUCCGGCCCUGGAUGGAGCGGCCUCGGCGCCCUUCAGGCAGCCAAGGGAGGCAGGGAGGAGGGAAGCAGGCAGGGCGACGCUGCUGCUGGCCCUUGGCCUCUGGGCCCCUUCCUUCCUUCCUCCCUCCCUCCUCCUGGGGAGACAGCCUCCCUUCCCAGGAUUGUGGCUUUCUCCUGCUUUGAGAGCCAGCCUUUCUCUGGGGCUCCGAGGCUUGCUUUGCCUUCUCUAGCCCUCUCCGCGCCAGAGAAGGAAGGAAGGAAGGAGGCAGCGAGGGAGAGCUCUCCUUUCAACAGCCGCAGCCUCCCUCCCUCCCUCCCUCCCUCGGACUGGCGGCAGCGGAAGGAGGGACAUUGGGAAGCCAGAGACAGGGGCUUUUAAGCACUAUUCUUUCCAUUAGGGAGCAAAGGAUGGGAAGGGUCCCUUUGGCCCAGGACUGGAAUUUCAUCUGAAUGAUCAUCGAUUGACCGUCUUCCUACUGAGAUUGCACUGUCCCAAAGCCAGCAAAUUAUUAUCAUUAUUGCACCAUUCUGCUGCAUUAGAAGUUAACCGUUUUGUUUCUUUCUUAAUUCUUCUUCAAUUUGGAUUUCAUCUUCCGCUUUUCCCCCCGUGGUUUAAUUAUAGACUUGAACUCUGAACUGUGUCAGGGGAGAAAAAGGAACUUGGAAAGGGCUUUUGUGCAGUUUCAGAAUAUCAAAUGUUGGGCAGAAAGUCGUGAUCCACUGGCAGCAUUUAAACUUAGAAGCUUCCUAUGGCAUUUGGACUCAUUUCCUUUGGAUUUUGUAUGGAUAUUUUCCGGCGCUCGCAACUUAGUGGCCUUUCUGUUGCAAACGUGGAAACUCAUCACCAUCUGCACUGGGAGACCAAAAACUGACUUUUCCAAGAGAGUUUUUUUUUUAAACAUAAAUAAAAACAAAAAGUACGAACCCACAUUGGAGUGAGACAUGGCUGAAAACUGGAAGAACUGUUUCGAAGAAGAGCUUAUAUGUCCGAUUUGCCUGCACGUCUUUGUGGAACCUGUCCAGCUUCCUUGUAAGCACAAUUUCUGUCGGGGAUGCAUAGGGGAGGCUUGGGCCAAAGAGGCAGGGCUGGUGCGUUGCCCUGAAUGCAACCAGGCCUACAACCAGAAGCCCAACCUUGAGAAGAACUUAAAGCUGACCAACAUUGUGGAGAAGUUCAACUCACUCAACCUAGAAAAGACUCCCUCCAUCUUACACUGUGUCUUCUGCCGCCGUGGGCCACCUUUGCCUGCCCAGAAGAUUUGCCUGAGGUGUGAAGCUCCGUGUUGCCAGUCCCACGUUCAGACACACCUGCAGCAGCCCUCCACGGCCCGUGGGCACCUCCUGGUGGAGGCAGAUGACAUCCGGGCCUGGAGUUGCCCCCAGCACAAUGCCUACCGACUGUACCACUGCGAGGCUGAGCAGGUUGCUGUCUGCCAGUUCUGCUGCUACUACAGCGGGGCCCACCAAGGACACUCCGUGUGUGACGUGGAGAUCCGGCGCAAUGAGAUCAGGAAGAUGCUGGUGAAGCAGCAAGACCGCUUGGAAGAACGUGAACAAGACAUUGAGGAGCAGCUGUACAAGCUGGAAUCUGAUAAGCGCCUGGUUGAAGAGAAGGUGAACCAGCUAAAAGAUGAGGUGCGUCUACAGUAUGAGAAGAUGCACCAGAUCCUUGAUGAGGACCUGCGCAAGACUAUGGAGAUCCUAGACAAGGCCCAAGCAAAGUUCUGCAAUGAGAAUGCUGCCCAGGUGCUCCACCUCAGUGAGCGUAUGCAAGAAGCCAAGAAACUUCUCAGCUCUGUUCAGGUCAUGUAUGACAAGACUGAGGACAUCAACUUCAUGAAGAAUACCAAGUCAGUGAAAAUCUUGAUGGAUAGGACCCAGAACUGCACAGGAGGCAGUUUGCCCCCUCCCAAGAUUGGCCACCUCAAUUCCAAGCUCUUCCUGAAUGAAAUUGCCAAGAAGGAGAAACAGUUGCGAAAACUUCUAGAAGGUCCUUUCAGCACCCCGGUGCCAUUCCUGCAGAGCAUCCCAAUGUACCCUUGCAGCGUCAGUAACUCAGGUGCCGAGAAACGCAAGCACUCCACAGCUUUUCCAGAAGCCAGCUUUUUGGAGCCAUCCUCGGGACCCGUUGCCAGCCAAUACGUGAGCCAGGGGGCUUCUGCUGGCGAAGGCCAGUCUGCACAACCCAUGGUGCCUUGUAGCUCCACGCAGCACAUAGUAGGACUCCCCAGUGGCCCCCAACCAGUUCACUCUGGCUCGAUGUUCAAUCCUUCCCACUAUCCCAACAGUACAUCAUCUCAGCAAUCUGUGUUGUCCCAGUAUGGUGGGCGCAAAAUUCUUGUCUGCUCAGUGGACAACUGUUACUGUUCUUCAGUAUCCAAUCACAACGCGCAUCAACCAUACCCACGGUCAGGCCACUUUCCGUGGACAGUGUCGUCGCAGGAAUAUUCUCACCCCCUCCCUCCUGCUCCAUCUGUACCUCAGUCGCUCCCGGGCUUGGCAGUGAGAGAAUGGAUUGAUGCAUCUCAGCAACAUGGACGGCAGGAUUUCUAUAGAGUUUAUGGUCAGCCUUCCACCAAACACUAUGUCACCAGUUAACCGUCUUGUUUGGAUAGCAUCCUGCUGAUUUUUGAAGAUUUUUCUUUUUUAAAAAUCUAGUUUCUGUUGUUUUAAAUCAAAUCCAUUUCCAUUUAUUCCCUACCACAGAGUCUCAGAGGGGCAUUGCUGUCAUCUCUAUUUUUAAUUUAAUUUAAAAAAAAAAUAAUCCUCCCCUUGUAUCAGGUUUGGGGGAGGGCUGUGGAAGACAUUAACAAGGAUUUCAAUCAAGCAUCUACUUCUGGAUCAUGUGACAGUGAUACUUUCCAGCUUGGAAAACUUUUAAAGGGACAAAUGAUCCUUUUCUACUUCAGUUUCUGGGCUCUUUGGUUUUGCUUUUAAAAUUUCUUUUUCCUUACCAUUUUUAAGAGGAGAAAAUUUCUAUCAUUGAUUCAUUCAGAAAUGACACUUGUAGGGUUUUUUUUUAAGGCUGACUUUUUUGUGUGUUAAAAGGCCACGUAUUGUGCAUAUUGGCAUUCUUUUUCUUCUUCUUUCAGAGAUUUGUAAAUACACAAUGGCAGGAAAUGAAAUGCACAAAAAAAGGGAAAAGAAACUGAAAAAAAGAAAUUAAAAAAAAUCUGUUUUAGUUUCCAGGAGGGAAGUGUGUGUCAAGUUGCACACAUUCCUUCCUGUGUUUCGUUGAUGCAACUUCCUCUAACAAGCACUUUGUAUUAAAAAAAAAAGUGGACUUCCUGUUAUAAGGCGCAGGUAUUUAUUCUGUAACCAAUUUUAGAACACACACAAAAAUAUUCAAAUAAAUGUGAUCACUUAGUGCAAACACCUUGUUCUGCUUUGCCUCCAUAGGCACUGCUUUGGCCACCUUCUUUGGGAGUGUGGAAGUCUUAUUCAAACAGAAGUCCAACAUCGUUUAAAACUGGAUGGCACUUUGAAUUACCUUUGGAAUAAUCUAAUUAGAAAUGCAAGAACUGGGUAAAGAAUGAGGAGGGUUGGUCAGUAAUGUUAGGCCAUAACCUGAACUUUCUGGAAUACAUCAAGAAUGUAGUUUAUGUUUAGAUAUAUUAGAAGAUUGGAUCAAACAAUAAUCAGUGCACUGAGCUCAGGAAUGCAGGGUAAAAGGUUUGUAUAAUUUAUGAGUGCUGUAUUUAAAAAUAAGAUGCACUGUGUGUGAUAGUUGGAUCUUAUUUCUUACAUGCUAGUCUUGAUUAAAAUUGUGAGACUCGCAAAUUAAAAUUGCAGCCCUCACAUGUUCUGAUAGGCAGUGCAGUAUAAAAUAUGUCACAGGAUUUGGCUUCCUGAAGAUUUCUGUUUACAUUUAAAACAAAAACCGUUUUCAUUGUAAACAUUAUUUGUGAGACUAAAUGGUUGUGCUAGAGAUACUUUUUGCAAAUCAUUUAUGAUUUUCUUGUACCUCAUCUAGGCUGCAAUCAUCUGAAAACUUACAUGACAGUACAUGUCAUAGAACUCAAUGGAAUUUAUUUCUAUGCAAGGCUGCAUAAGAGGACAGUGUGUGUGUGUGUGUCAGAGAAAGAGAGAGAAAGCUGUCCCAGACCACAAAACCUACAAAGCAGAUAUCUACACUCAGUUCUAAAUAUCAAACCGAGUAAUUUAUUCUCCACUUCUUCCCCAAAUGAAUCCUCCUUCCAAAACUACAUCCUUAUAUAUUCUUCCCCAACAUAUUUAUUCCUCCCUUUCCUUCCUCUCCUCAGAAGCAAUUAAAAUCCAAUUUUUCCUCACUCAUCUUCCAGGCCUCUCUUUCUCUUCAGUCAUAACCCAUCACUAACAGAAUCCUAUGCAUGGACACCUCAAUUUCUUGCUUCCAGUUCUCCCACAUAAAAAAAAAAGAAGAGAACAAAGGCCUAGACAUUUUUUUAAAAAAUGUGUGACUAAUAAAUCGACCUAGUAGUGCCAGUGUCUUCCAGCUAGUCUCCACCAUUUACCACUCCACAAUCUAAGCAGGGGUAAGGAACCUGUGGCCCUCCAGAUGUUAUCAGCAGUUCCCAUCCUCCUUCACCACCAGCUUUGCUGUUCAGUAACCACACAUUCUUCACCUCUGAACUACGCUGAAUGACAGCCACCCAUCUAUAGGAAAAGACAGAGACUAAUCCUUUUAAUCCACAGAGCCUUUAAGUAGUGAGAUUUUAUAUAGUUCUUAUGCCUACACAUUGCUCUUCCAUUGUUAUUUCCCCUGAAGAUAGUAGCUGAAUUAUGGGUUAAUUUGGCUUAUGUAUUUUCCCUAAAUAUGACAGCAGAUAUCCUGU